AUGCUAAAACUAAUAAUCAUUUUAUGCCUCAUUGUGUCCAUCAGUUGUAAGACAAUCAAUGUCUCAACGGAUAAAGAGUUAGUGUCGGCGCUGUCGGACGUGUCGGCCGGCGAUACCAUAGAGCUAGCGGACGGCAUAUACCACAACAACUACACCACCAAAAUCAGUGGUACGGCCGACAAACCCAUCACUUUGACGGGCAGUCGGAAGGCUGUCCUCUCUGAAGGUCACUAUGGCUUUUGGCUUCAGGCAGACUAUUGGAUACUCAAAGGGUUUACCGUUAGUGGUGGUUUAAAAGGUAUUAUGUUAGACGGGGCUAACCAUAACAUAUUAGAGGACCUGGAGGUUCAUCACAUUAAGGACGAGGGCAUCCAUUUCCGGAAGAAUAGCUCCGAUAAUAUACUCAGGAAAUCAUAUAUCCAUACGACUGGUUUGGAACGUCCAGGGCGUGGUGAGGGCGUUUACAUCGGGGCAGCGGUGACCGACUGGGUAGACAACAAACAGGACAAAAGCGAUAGAAAUCAAGUGCUAAACAACAAAAUAGGUCCAAAUGUUGGCGGCGAGAGCAUCGACAUCAAAGAGGGCAGUUGUUGUGGUAUAAUUAAGAAUAAUGUAUUUGACGGCACCGGUAUGUCCGGCGAGCAUUACGCCGAUUCCUGGAUUGAUGUCAAGGGAGAGAACUAUACCAUCGAGGAUAAUGAGGGCAACCAUUCUGUACUCGACGGCAUACAAAUACAUCAACAAGCUGCUGCCGGAAUAGGAGGUUGUGCGAAUAGGAUUAUCCACGAUAAAUGUGCCGGAUUGCCACCAAAGGGAAAGUGUGUUAACGAUUUGAGUAAAACGUGUACAAAACAUAAUAUUAUUGAGGAGUAG